AUGAAUCAUGGCAUUGGUAUGUGUGUUGCAAUUCCCGCCAUAUUUUUUAAAACAAUAAUAUGCACCAUAGUUGUGUUGACUACUCAUACAUGUACGAGACUCUUCAAUCUCUUUCAUAAGGCAAAUAUUCAAAAGUGGACCGCAGUUUCACAAGUAGCACUUGCAGUUAAGAACUUCUCUUCCGAAUUGAUAAAUAAUAAAACCACUCCCAUCAUCUUUGCAUGGAAGCGUCCGUUACCAUCAUGGCCACAGUUUCUACAACUCGCUACGUGCUCACUGGUUUUUUCUCUACAAAAAUGCACAUCCAUUGUUGUGUCAGCUGUAGCGCAUAUGUGUGUGUGUGUGUCUGUGUGUGGUGAAAUGGUUAAAUCAUUGGGUCGCAUCGGGACCAUAUUGCAUCAUGACAAAUAUCAUGCUACCAUUUAA